AUGGCAGCAGCAAAGCGCGUGUUCCACCUCCAGCCAUGUGAAAGUCCACCGGCAGCGAUGUCCAGAAAUGGGUAUUUUUUUGAAGAGACUGGUUAUCUUAAAUGUGACACCGAUGACGGCUGUGAGAACAAAGAAGAAGUAGGAGGAGAAGAGCUCUUUGACACUGUAAAUUCCUCAAUUGUUUCCGGGGACAGCAUCAGAUUCUUUGUGAAUGUCAAUUUGGAAGUACAACAGAAUGUAACUGUAGAAAGUGAAAGUGCUGGCUGUGUUUUAUUACAUACAUCUAGAAAGUACCUGAAAUUAAAGAAUUUUGAGGAAGAAGUCAGAGCCCACCGUGACCUGGAUGGGUUCCUGGCCAGAGCUAUCAUCAUACUGGAUGAGACCGCAACCUCCUUGGAUGAUGUCCUUCGAGAGAUGCUGAAACACUUCGCUGAAGAUUCUGACAACACAGAGCCAAGCUGCAACUUUGACAAAAUAAUGAGCACUUUAUUCACCGAUUCGGGAGCCCCCAGGGAAGGGAAUGUUCACCUCCUAUCCGAUACGAUUCAGGGGGUCACAGCAACCGUCACAGGGGUUCAAUAUCAACAGUCCUGGCUCUGUAUCAUUUGCACUAUAAAGUCUCUUCAGCGACGUCAUGUUUGCAUCAGCCGCCUGGAGAGGCCUCAGAACUGGGGGGAGAACUCCUGUGAAGUGAGAUUUGUCAUCUUGGUUCUUGCGCCUCCUAAAAUGAAAAGUACGAAAACUGCCACCGAAGUGGGCCGGACCUUCGCCACGAUGUUUUCAGAUAUAACUUUUCGGCAGAAGCUUCUAGAAACAAAAACCGAAGAAGAGUUUAAAGAAGCCUUGGUACAUCAGCGCCACCUGCUGACGGUGGUGAAUCAGAGACCCUCAGCAGUGAACGAGGGGCACAAAACACACAGCCACAAGCCGCUCAAGUUGCAUGAGUUUUUCAAUGUUGGCAAGGGAAUAUUUGAUGACAUAGCACGAAGAUUUCCAGUGUACGCUUUGGACUUCACUGACGGGAUUAUUGGGAAUAACAAGGCCAUAGGAAAAUACAUCACAACGAUGAUCUUUUUAUAUUUUGCCUGCCUCCUGCCAUCCAUUGCAUUUGGUUCCCUAAAUGAUGAAAACACAAGAGGAGUUAUUGAUGUGCAGAAGACAAUUGUUGGCCAGUGUAUCGGUGGACUUCUUUAUGCUCUGUUUUCAGGGCAGCCUCUAGUUGUACUCUUAACCACAGCUCCUUUAGCCUUGUACAUCAAUGUGAUCCGGGGGAUCUGUGAUGACUACAGCUUGGAUUUUAGUGCUUUCUACGCCUGGAUUGGACUGUGGAACAGUUUUUUUCUUGUGCUGUAUUCUCUCUUUAACUUCAGUCUUGUAAUGAAGCUCUUUAAAAGAUCAACAGAAGAAAUCAUUGCACUUUUUAUAUCGAUUACAUUUGUGCUUGAUGCACUCAAAGGGAUUAUUAAAGUUUUUAAGAAAUAUUACUACCAUGAGCACCAAGGAGACAGUUACUUGGAAAAUACACGUGCUGAUGUAAUUCCAAGCCUCAGCAUCAAUACCACCUUCUUGAUGAAUUCAUCAGUGAGCAGGUCUAUGUCGCUGGAGAAUCAGACGGGCAUGAAUGAGGUCGUGCAUUAUGGACGUGAAACUGCUGUCCUUAGUCUCAUGUUGAUGCUGGGAACCCUUUGGCUUGGUCAUACACUUUAUCAAUUUAAGAAAAGCCCCUAUUUGCAUGCAAGGGUCCGCGAAAUCCUGUCCGACUGUGCCUUACCCAUAUCCGUUCUAACCUUCUCCAUCGUAGGCUCCUACUUCUUCAAGGAAAUAGAAAUGUCCAAAUUUAACUACAACCCAUCUGAGAGCUUAUUCGUGCUGGCCCCAAUCCAAUCUCUCUCCAUUGGCUCUGUAAUGAGUGCCAUGGGCCUGGGGUUCCUUCUGUCGAUGCUUUUCUUCAUAGAGCAGAAUAUAGUGGCAUCACUCACAAAUGCUCCAGAGAACAGGUUAGUGAAAGGAACAGCUUAUCACUGGGACCUCCUCCUUGUAGCUCUGAUUAACACGGGACUGUCUGUCUUCGGAUUGCCAUGGAUACAUGCUGCAUUCCCUCAUUCCCCAAUGCACGUCCGAGCACUGGCCUACGUGGAAGAGAGGGUUGAAAACGGGCACAUCUAUGAGACGAUAGUGAGCGUGAAGGAGACACGACUGACUACACUGGUGGCCAACUUCUUGGUGGGUCUCUCGCUCUUCCUCCUGCCCUUCCCACUGCAGUGGAUCCCGAAGCCAGUCCUCUAUGGCCUCUUCCUGUACAUCGCCCUGACCUCCAUUGAUGGGAAUCAGCUCUUCGAGAGGGUGGCCCUCUUGCUGAAAGAACAGACGGCUUACCCUCCGACGCAUUACAUCCGCAGGGUCCCUCAGAGGAAGAUCCAUUAUUUCACAGGCCUGCAGGUUCUUCAGCUUCUCAUCCUCUGUGGGUUUGGGAUGUCACCGUUACCGUACAUGAAGAUGAUUUUUCCUCUCAUUAUGAUAGGAAUGAUCCCGAUCAGGUAUAACCUGCUUCCUAGGAUCAUUGAAGCAAAAUACUUAGAUGCUAUGGACGCGGAGCACUAAAAAUGAAUCUCUGCUCUGAGAACAACGAACAGCUUUUCGGAUCGAAAGGAAAUGGCAGCCUUGCUGAGAUGUAGAAUUAUUUAUCUGAAGUUCUCUUUUGUUUAGAACCUCCAGGACUUUCUUUCUGCUCUAGUCUGGCACUUGGAGAUACACGGUUGAAGACCAAUUGGCCAUUCAAGUUUCAGAUCAAAACAGCCUUGGAUUGAGAGGCCAGUACUCUUCUGAGUUUUGAGGCAAGCCAGCUUUAUGGAAAUGUUACCUUCUACAUCCUAAAACUUGAAAUCCCACAGAUCAAUGUGUUUCUCUUGUUGGAUUGUGCUGUGCUAGGGUUGCCUCGCGUUCCCUUUUUUAGGGGGGGAUCCCUUUUUUAUACACUGUCCCUUUUCCCAGAACACUAUUGAUAUGUAAGGACAGUAAUCAACCCUUGCUUUACAGAAUUACUGAAUAAUUUGGAGCUUUAAUGCAAUUACCCAUCUCUCCAGUUCAUCUUCCAGAAGGAUAGCCCUAUGUCAGAGGAGACGUGUAGUGAUCUCGUCAAGUUCUUGAUUAGUGGAUGGGCUGGGAAGCAAAAGAAUAUGGUUGUGCUGAGAUUGUGUAUUUAAUUUCUUCAUAUGUACCAGAAAUGUUCAGAGGUUGGAUUCACUUUGUGAUGCUGAUGUAAUUACAGCUGGGUCUAAGCCGCUUGGGAAUUAGUUGAACCUAUUUUACACUGUUACUUCUCAGUAAUCAAAUAUAGAAUUGUAGGUUUGUACAGCAGCAACCUUUUUGGUUGUGCCCAAAUUCACCUGGAUGCUGAAAUGUGGCAAAAUUCAGUCAUGUGCAUUAAUGUUCGCAUAUACAUAUGUACAGAACUGCCUAUGUGUACAUAUAUACAUACAUAAUUUAGAUUUGUGUAUAUA